AAGCUCGGCAGCUCGCGCUGCGCCGUGUGCGUGUGUGUGUGUGUGUGCGCGUGUGAGAGAGACCAGGGACCAACCGACAAGGGGCCGCCCUCCCGCCCAGAGCCCAGAUACUGCCCUCGGCACGACUGGGACUGGAGGCCUGUGGUGGUGUUCACGGAGGCUCGGGGCCGUGUGCGCGGGUGGGGGGAAGCAGCCCCCCCGGGAGCCGGUUGAUAGUCGGCGCUGGCCUCUGGUCACCGCGGCCUUGGAACAUGCUGGACGACAUCUUGGACACCCUGGACUCCCUGGGCUACACAGGAUCCUUGUUAGAAGAAGGUGCUCUUUUAAAGGCAGCUGAGACGGGACCAUCCUCCUCAGAAUUUAUUGAACUCUGUGUUUGGUUAAGUUCAGAGAUUAAACUAUUGCUAAAUUUGGAAGAAAGCAUAAAUGCUAUCACUAGUGAAGAUGACAUUGAGGGCUUUCUGCUAGAGACUAAUGGCUUCCUAAGAGAGAUGUCUUGUCCAUAUUCAACACUUCUUACUGGAGAUCUUAAAGAAAGACUGAAAAAGAAGGAAGACUGCUUAAAACUAUUAUUGUACUUGACCUCUGAACUUCAAACUGCCAGGAUAUUAAAAUGUAAACCUGUUCCGGUCUCAAAAGCUCAAGGUAACGAAGAGGUCCUUCAGGAACUGAAAUGCAUCAGUGAAACGCUGGCUUUACCCAGUCCAGAAUCCACAGCUGGCAUUGUCCAGUUGUUGCAGACCAUAGAGAAAGAGAUGAAAAAUUUGAUCUCUAAAGUGCCAAAAAACCAUGUGGGAAGUCCAUUGUUGAAGACAACACUAACUCCUGAUCACUGGGAGAAGCUGCAGGCCAUCAAUGAUGUUCUAAUCAGUGAGUACGAUUGCCGCAGAAGGAUGUUGAUCAAACGAUUAGAUGUGACUGUUCAGUCAUUUGGCUGGUCUGAAAGAGCAAAGGCAAGCAUAGACAACAUGGCAAAAGCUUACCAACCAAAACGACACACACUGCAAGGAAAGUCCACUUCAACCAUAGCACAUCUUUUGGCUGCUCGAGAGGACUUGUCCAAGAUCACAAAGACCAGCAGUGGCUCCUUACUAGCAGGGACAUCCUGUGCCAUUAACAAGGUCCUGAUGGGUAAGGUACCUGAUCGUGGAGGUAGACCAUCAGAGAUAGAAGCUCCUCCUCCAGAGAUGCCACCAUGGAUGAAGAGACAAGAUGGUGGAGGAAGAGGUAGUCGUGGUGGAGGUGGAAGAGGUGGAGGCUGGGGAGGGGGAGGUGGUGGAGGCUGGGGAGGGGGAGGUGGUGGAGGCUGGGGAGGGGGAGGUGGUGGAAGCUGGGGAGGGGGAGGUGGUGGAAGCUGGGGAGCAGGAGGGGGCAGAGGAGGGAGCUGGGGAAGUGGGGGUGGGGGAAGCUAUGGUGGAAGAGGUGGCUAUGGUGGCAGAGGGGGCCAUGGAGACACGGGAAGCUUUGGAGGAAGAGGAGGUUACAGACGAUACUGAAUGGACAGCUCAUUGAGUUAUAUAUCUACAUUGCCUGUGUACAAUAUGGACUUUUCUUUUCUAUCAUCACAGUAAAAGUGAUCAUAUUUAAUAAGGGUAGUGAGCGUAAAUUAUUUUAUCCUUCACAGGAAUUUAGAUAGAAAGGAAUGGUUGUAUUUGUUCAAUUUUAAAAGUAUGUUAAUGUGCUGGAGAAAUGUAUAUUUUUACUGCAGUAUAUGAGGAUAGACAUUGUGCAUUUGUUUACAACUGGAAUUCAAUUAUCCUUUUUUUUAAAGGGUUCUUUUGUUUUUAUAACAACCUGAACAUCAAAAGUAUUUCAUUUUGCGAAGUUUAAAGGUUUAUAAGGAGCUGUGACCAGUUGAUUUUUUUUGUUAACAGAAUAAAUUUGUGAAUAAAAAAGAACAAA